ACUUGAAAGUUGGGUUGAGAGAACUCGAAAAGUUUCAACAUGAGCAUGUCAACAAUAACAUUUGUUUUUGUUUCUAGAAAAUUAUAGAAAUGAGACAAAGAAGAGCAGAAAAAAGUAAUGGGAAACAUAUCCAGCCAACCACUCCAGUUGAAAAAGAAGUUUCUGAUAAACAGACGCAGACAAGCAGCAGUUGGUGGGGUUUGCUGAAGUAUUCCUUGGUGCUUUUAAUUCCUGGUUUUCUCAAUCAUGCUGCAUUGUUCAGGGAGGGAGAGGUGCUAAGACCACCUGGGGAAUUGUAUGAUAUUGGUUGGAAACAGAAGUUGUUCAUGGGUUGCUCAGGGCGUGGUCCACCCACAAUAAUUCUAGAUGCACCAACAGGCAAAUCAUCUGAUGCUUGGGCACUGAUUGCACCUCAGAUUUCCAAGGUGGCCAGAGUAUGUGUUUAUGAUAGAGCAGGACUAGGCUUCAGUGACAGGCCUUUUGUGAAUUGGUCAGACCCAGAACAGUCAAAACGAGGCAAGUUAUCAACGAGCGAGAGAAUGGUUGAGGAUUUUCACCGACUCUUCACUUUAAGCUCUGAUCAGCCAAAACCUUUCAUACUUGUUGGAGCUGAGCUGGGGGCAGUAAAUGCAAGAUUUUACACUCAGAUGUUUGAAAGCAAUGUUUCAAGUCUUGUGUUGAUUAAUCCCCUUGUGGAAGGAAUGUUUGGUGAUGAAUGGACAAAGCUAUGGUAUGAGCGUUAUGUGUCUACUCAACAAGCAUUGCAGUUUUCUGCUGCCAUUGGCAUCACAAGGAUAGCUCUAAUGCUUGGUUUCAUGAAGGUGCCAAUGCAACACAAGUUGUUGCCAUUUAAUGUCACAACAAGACAGAAAUAUCUUUUAUGUAAACCUGGUCACCUCAGUGCAGGAGUUGAUGAAUUUUUCUUUGCAAAUGAAAGCUUAGCUCAAAUGAGAAUGGUACGGAAACUGAAACCAUUUCCUCAGUCAGCUGACGUGUCAAUCAUUAGCAAUUCUUUUUAUGAUGAUGAGCUGGACAGACAGUUCGACCAGGUGUGGUCCACAGCUCAGGAACAGAUUUCAAGUGUAUUGCAUCCAGGGAGUGAACGAAUAAAUCUGUCAGGAACUGCUCAGUCAGCACUUUUACAAUAUUCAGAAACUAUUGUGAAUGUUAUUAAAAGACAUGUUGAUAAAUGGAAGCAAAAACAGGUCAAAUCUAAAAGCCAUUGAAUGAACUAAACUUCACAAUAUUUAGGAGUUUUUUAAAAUAUUUCAUUGGUGUUAAAGUGGCAGAUCAAGUAUGACUGAAUAAUAAAAUCAAAUUUUGUGUCAUGCCAACUCAUCACCUUUGCAGGCUUAGCCUGUUCCAGGCAUUCAGAUAAUGGUGAGUGGUAUGUGAAGAAUAGUGACAGGAAAAAGAAAUGAAGUGAUGCUUUUUGUUCUAUAUGCUAUUUUUUGGGCUUCUCCCUGUUAUCUGAAUGCCUAGAACAUGCUUGAAGGGAGGUGUGGAAAAAACCAUAAGUGUUUGCAUUUCGCACGUAGUAACGGGAGCGAAUAAGAGGCGGCUGUAUUCACUGGCUUCUUUUGAUCUCAUGCCAGAUUUUCCUUUUUUUGCAAAAGGAUUAGAGACUGCCUUGUACUGGACCUCUAUAUAUUGUAUGGAGUUGAGUGUUUUGACAAGUUUGUCAAAGGAGUUGUGUCACUUUAUUUUUAAAGUCAUUUUUCUCAAGUACAAAGUUCGUUUCAAAAAUGAAUUAACAACAGCUUUCUAAGGUAGAAAAAAAUACCAAAGGAGAAAUAAAUGUUGA